CCGGAGUUUGAGGCCCUGGAUCACGAGGACCAUCAUGCGGAAAAGUCCCGGGGAUGUGAUUAUCAUCAGAACAACAAAAAAAACACAAACAACCUCCCAGAUAAACUUCCAGCUUUAACUGUAUUUAACGAGAGGAAAUAGCCGAGAAAAAAGCUCAACUUUAACACAAAAUGUCGUCGGAGGAAUUCGAGAAGUUGCACGAAAUCUACAGAUCGCUGUACGACGAGCUGAAGCUAAUGCCAGAGAGAGUCCUCAGAAGUCACGGCGAGGAGAGGAAGAGGCUGGUGAGGACCUUCGAUGAGAGGCAGGGGGAGGCUGAGGAAGUGUUACAAGGAAUGGAAGAAGAGCUGCGCGCGGCCCCUUCCUCCCACAAAAGUGCCAUGAGCACAAAGCUGCGUCUGUACCGACGGGAUCUGGGCAAGCUGCAGAGGGACAUGAAAAACAACGCUCCCGGCUUUGGUUCUCCUUUCCAGCCAGUGGAGGGAGGUCACCACGGCAUCUAUUCAUCACAAAAUCAACAAAGUACACACUUGCAGUCCCAGAGAGCCUUGCUGCUCCAGGGCACAGAUUCCCUGAACAACGCCAGCCAGAGUAUUGAACGAAGUCAGCGCAUCGCCAACGAGACGGAGCAGAUCGGCACGGAUAUCAUCGAGGAGCUGGGGGAGCAGAGGGAACAGCUGGACCGCACCAGAAACAGAUUGGUGAAUACUGGAGAAAACCUCAGUCGAAGCAGAAAAAUUCUUCGUGCCAUGGCACGGCGGCUGGUGACGAACAAGUUGCUGUUAGGGGUCAUCAUUUUAAUGGAGUUGGCCAUUCUAGGUGCUGUAAUUUAUCUGAAGUUCUUCCGGUGAUCAAACCGUACCAUCUGAGAACAGUCUACGCUCUGGAUCCAGGGCAAACCUAGACUCUCUACAUCUGUCUCAACUGACUAUCCAGAAGCAAUAAUGUUCUUUUUCUGUGAGUGCAAAUAAGCACAAUGGAUCAGUCUUAAAGUGAACCUUUACCGAGCGGGGAUUCUGUUCAUGGGCCGGUGAAGUUUCAUUUGACAAGAAGUUUUUACCUGUUAAUGGACCAAACUCACAGAAACUCCACGGACAAACUGUGAACUGAGAUUUGCACUGUUUUACCAAACUGUUAAUACCAAUAAUGCCCGGAUUAUCUGGACAUGUGGGGGCUGCUACAGACCCCAGAGACGAUUCUCUGUAAAGAAUUGUUCAAGCAUGAGUUCGAUCUACUUACUCCCACAUGUGCAGGUUCUCUGGUAGCAGACAUGUUACUGGUAGACAUUUCUCAGAUUGGGAUACUUUAUUAUUAUUUCUCAAAACAGUUGUAUUAUAAUGCAGCAAUAUAUGAAAUACCACCAGUUUUUUUUGUGUGUGUGUUGUCCAGUAUCCAAAUGGUUGUAUUAGGAAUCAUUUUCCUAAUUUUGGGUACUCGGACCUGAGGCCAAAUUUGUCAGUCAGAGGUGUGAAUGUGAAAAAUGGAUGGGAACUCUUAAUACAAGCAAUGUUCUUAGCAGUUAAUGAUAUUGUCUAAUCACUGUAUAAUACAAAAGUCAUGUUUGAAAUAGGGUUCAUUUAUGGGCUUAUUUGACAGUCUACACAUCAUUAAAGCUAAUCUUUAACCUCA